GACAGGCACAAGUGUUGUGAAAGUUUGCUGCAGUGUCACCAGUAACAGACCCUGAAAUACAAACUACAAACCUAAGUCUGGUCUCGUGUCACAAGAUCUAUACGGGCAGCUCCUUCCUCUCAUAAAAUCUUGUCCUAUUUUUUUGUUGUCAAAUCUGCCUGCACCAGUGGAGAAGACACAGCCUUCAGGAGGAGAAGCGGUGAUUUAUUCAUGAUCAACUGGUUUCUGUUCAUGCUGCCGAAGGCAAACGCUUUGAGUCGCAGAUUCGCAAACAAGUGUCAGUGCUGGGAAAGGUGAUUGUCAGCAUCAUGGGAGACUGGAACCUGUUGGGGAAGCUGCUGGAGAGCGCCCAGGAGCAUUCGACCGUGGUGGGCAAAGUGUGGCUGACUGUGCUGUUCAUCUUCCGCAUCCUGGUGCUGGGGACCGCCGCCGAGAAAGUGUGGGGCGACGAGCAGUCGGGUUUCACCUGCGACACCAAGCAGCCCGGUUGUCAGAACGUCUGCUACGACAAGACCUUCCCCAUCUCCCACAUCCGCUUCUGGGUGAUGCAGAUCAUCUUCGUGUCCACGCCAACGCUCAUCUACCUGGGCCACAUCCUGCAUCUGGUGCGCAUGGAGGAGAAAGUGAAAGAAAAGGAGAAGGAAUUUGAGAAUGAAAAGGCCAAGAAAGCGCCGAUUAAGGACAAUCUAGGGCAUGUGCGGCUGAAAGGUGCCCUGCUGCGAACGUACGUCCUCAACAUCAUCUUCAAGACUCUUUUUGAAGUGGCUUUUAUCGUAGCUCAGUACUUCCUGUAUGGCUUUGAGCUCAAGCCCAUGUACACGUGUGACCGCUGGCCGUGUCCCAACGUGGUCAACUGCUACAUCUCCAGACCCACGGAGAAGACUAUCUUCAUCCUCUUCAUGCUGGCCGUGGCCGCCAUCUCGCUGCUGCUCAAUCUGGUGGAAAUCUACCAUCUUGGCUUCACCAAGUGCCACCAGGGUCUCCGCUACAGGCGCUCGCAGGCCGCCAUCAAGGCCGCCAAAUCGCCGGAUGAGCCCACCAAGCCUUUCGUCCCCAACUACAACUACUUCUCCGCUCGCACCACUGUGCCCGAAGCAUUCCCGAUGGAGGCCAAGUACAACAUGGAGCAUGGACCCUACAGCAGCAAGGCGGUGUACAAGCAGAACAGAGACAACAUGGCCGUGGAAAAGAAAGGAAAAGUGGACGGAGAUGACUUGCAGGAGAGGAAAAGGUCUGCGUCGGUUAUUGAGACGUCCAUAGAAAGCACGCGCAGAAGCAGCCUAUCCAGCAAGCACAGCAAUAACAAGAGCAGGAUGGAUGAUCUAAAAAUAUAAAGACAAGUUUCAUUAUGGACAUGCCACACAGAAAAACAGCUUCGUUUAAAUUGUUCUUUUCGUUUAAAAUGUGAUUGACAGUUGUGAAGUCCAUAUGUACUGUUUAUUAGGUGUGUCAAAAAAAAUAGAUUUUCGAAUAAAUUGUGAUUUUUAUUUGGAAAAAUGUUUAAUUGAUUAAAGAAAAUCAAAAAUCAAAAAUCGAUUUAAAACAUUUUUUAUUUGUAUUUAUCUAUUUAGAUAUUUUUUAAAUCUGUCCUGUCAACUCACUCAGACAAAUCAUAUAGUUGCUCAUAUUUGCUGGAGAACUAUACUUUGGAAAAGAGAAGUGUGGGAUCCUUCUCUUGUUGCCUUUGUUGCGUUUUGGACGCAUAUUGAUGCCCGAAGUGUCACCCUCAGAUGCUACAGGACUUCGGACAGGCAGGAUAGUAGGUAAGAACUGAUUUUAAAAUACAAAUGACCAAAAGAACACUUGAACAAAAGGCAAAGAAAAGCGUGCCAACGCACGGAAAGCUAAAUGCUAAAGUUUAGCAAGACUCGAGUUCAGAGUCCACAGAAGCGCAAGCCGAGCGUGCGGAAGCUAAGCAAGGACUUAGCAAGGUCAAUACAAAAGGCAAGAAAACCAACACAAAUGUUGCAUAGAGCAAACAAAAGAUCCGGAAAGAACUCAGGUAGCAGGCGGACUUAAAUACUAACACAACAAUCAAAACCAGGUGUGCGUCAAAAAGUCAGUGCAGGUGGAGCAAAUGAAGUAGCCAAGGUGACAAAUACAAACAAGGAAGUGCUCAAACAAAGGGAUCGGCAGAGUCCAAAAAUAAACAAAACCCAAAAAGGGAUUCAAUCAUGGACACAAGAUGUGAUCCGGAACAUGAUCACAACACCCUGAU